GAUUUAGUUGUAGGAUACAUGGGAGUGCCAAAAUAUGCAGGGAUAAGCAUGACUCAACACCCUCAGUAUAUUACAGUUCGGAAUAGAAGAGGAAGGGAAAUGCUUAAUUUAGUUCGUGAUCUCUUGGAAAUAUCUCCAACCGUCAGCAAUGGAAAGCGACAGGCAUUUGUUAUGGAAACAGUUAAAGCUGAUGACAAAGCAAAAACUGAAAAGGGAAACUCCCAACCAGCUUCCAGAUUUAUCGGGAACAUCAUUGCUUUUCUUUUAAACUUGAUUGGACCCAAAGGUCUAGAGUUUGGUCGAUAUUCCCUGGACUAUCAUACAAUACGUAAUUAUUUGCAUGUAUCCCGUAGUUGGGGUAAGCAAAGGGCUGAAAGGCACAUUCCUUCUUAUGCAAAGAAAAUUAUUGACAUGUACAAUGUCAAAGGAGAAAUUGAUAAGCUGCUUUCGAAAAAAUAAAUAAAGAAAUAAGAAAUGAUAAAUUGAAAACAAAAAUAUUGUUAAUCAAGUAAAGAUAUAUAAAUUGUAAAAUAAAUAGAGAAUCAUUUUUUGUCAUUUUGUAAAGAUAUAUUUAUUUUUUGUUGUUAUGUAUGUCAGUCUUUAUUACCUCUACAAAGAUUUUAUAUAUAAUUGCCUAUUUUAUUUUAAGU